AUGAAAGUGGUUGUUGCCAGCCCCAGUCGAUCGGGGACUUUAGGUCUCUAUCGAGCGAUGCAGAUAUUGGGAUACAAGGCAUACCAUAUGUUCGAAUGUGUCAUUGUGAGAGGAAAAGAUCACAUGGAAAUCUGCGAAGAGGCUGUCGUCGCCCAGAACAACCGCUUCUCCGGCAUCAAGCGUUAUGAUCGGGUGGACUUUGAUAAAUGGUUUGCCGACUACAACUGUCUGGUCGAAAUACCUUCGUUUGUGGGCCCGGCAAUUAUCGAAGCGUACGUCGAGGAACCCGAUGUGAAGUUUAUUCUGGUGGAGAGAGAGCCAACGAAAUGGGUCACCUCGCUGAACAAUUCUGGGGGUAAACUAAUAAAAACGCUGCAUGGUUUCCCCCUCGUCUUUCUGAAGUACUUCGACGUCGUACUCUACCGCUUUAUUACUCUCAACCAAACUUGUUUCUGGUCCUUCUCGGACGGCAAUAAUCCCAAUGAUCCGGACUUCGAGGUCGCGCUGCACAGAAAUUAUGCGGAAUAUAUCGAAAUGGUGAAGCGGACAGUCCCAGCCGACCGUAUAUUGCAUAUUAAGCUGGAGAAUGGACUGGGCUGGGAACAGAUCUGCCCGUUCCUCGGUGUGCCAUUUCCCAAAGAGGACUAUCCGGAUCGGAACCAGCCUGAAAGAUUCCAGGCCAUCGCACAGGAUUUCCUUCAGCCUCGUAUCACUGCAGCUAUAGCCCGUUUUGCAUUUGUUGCUGUGCCGUCGCUAGGUGUCAUUGGCUGGGCGGCAAUAAAGUACGGACCAUCGCUGGUCAAAGCCAUGGGAAGAAACAUUUGA